GGGGGGUCACGGCGGCGGCGGCGGGCCGGGGAUCGCGUGCGAGCGGGGAGCCGGCGGCUCGCCCUGUCACUCGGCCGCCCGCCCGCCACCUGAAUCACGAGGGAAGCGGCGGCCGAGCAUCCUCCUCCCCACCCCCGCGGCGUCCUCCGUCCCGCUCCCGCCGCCCGCUCCCGCAUCUCCGCCCCAGCAUCGCCGCCGCGCCUCGGCCGCCCGCUCUGCGCCGCGGCCGGGGGCUGCUGCUCGCCCGGAGAAACUUUGCACCCCUCCCCGGGUCGUGGCGGGGACCGUGGGCAUCAGAACAAUGAUUCCUCCAGGGGAAUGCCUAUAUGCUGGGAGGAAAAGGAGGAAACCCAUUCAGAAACAAAGGCCUGCAGUUGGGAAUGAAAAAUCAAAUCCUUCGAAGAGACACAGGGACCGUCUAAAUGCUGAACUGGACCAUCUGGCCAGCCUCCUGCCUUUUCCACCUGACAUCAUAUCGAAACUGGACAAACUUUCCGUCUUGCGCCUCAGUGUCAGCUAUCUCCGAGUCAAAAGUUUCUUUCAAGCCAUUCAAGAAAAGCACUUUAAGAAGCAAGUUGGCCAAAUAAUAAAAGAAGACAAUGCAUCUAACAACACUGCUGUACAAGAAGGUGGACUUCUACUAGAAUCACUGAACGGUUUUGCGUUGGUGGUGAGCGCAGAUGGAAUGAUAUUUUAUGCAUCAUCAACGAUUGUGGACUAUCUAGGGUUUCAUCAGACUGAUGUAAUGCACCAAAACAUAUAUGAUUACAUUCAUGUGGAUGAUCGCCAGGAUUUCUGUAGACAACUGCACUGGGCCAUGAAUCCUCCCCAGAUGUUGUCUGGACAGCAACUACAGACAGAAACAGGAGAAGAACAUAUUCUCAGCAAAUUGUUUAAAGCACAAGAGAAUGACAGCACGACAACAGAUUAUUCUUCCUUCUUAACUCGUUGUUUCGUCUGCCGAGUUCGCUGCUUGUUGGACAGUACUUCUGGCUUCCUUACGAUGCAGUUCCAAGGCAAACUAAAGUUUCUUUUUGGACAAAAGAAGAAGUCCUCAUCAGGAACAGUGUUGCCACCUCAGCUGUCCUUAUUCUGCAUAGUGGUACCACUUCUGCUCCCUUCUGUGACAGAAAUGAAGAUGAAAAGCCUGCUUGUGAAAGCAAAACACAAAGCUGAUGAUGCAGCAGCAGUGAAUACAAACUCCAGUUCCAAAGGUAGUUCAGGCCUGUGUGAAGCAGCAGAAUCAUAUGGAAGAAACAGUCACCAUGAAGGUGCAGCUUUCACCAACAUGUUACAGAUUGCUGAAAACCAAAUCAAAGCAAAGAAUAACGGAGAAAAUGGCAUUUCUUUAGUCAAAGUACAAACAAACGAAGAUCACUGGGUCUGGGUUCAAGCUAACACUCAAUUUCUCUACCGAAGUGGUUGUUCAGAGUAUGUCCUUGCUCAACAGCAAAUGUUGAAGGAAGAAGAUGAACAACUGAAGGUACCAAGUGGUUUUGCCAGUUUGAAAGGAAGCGUGGAGGGACUUUCUUAUAACAGUGCCAUUGAAACUCUGGGCCAGUGGAAGCAUCUUAACUGGACAGGAGUAAAAAACGAACAAGACAAUGUAAAAGUGAAGCUUGAGCCUCACACAAACGGUGAGUGUUUUAUGCCAGAGGAACCUCUCAGUUCUAACACAUCACAUUUAGGCGUUCAAAACAACUGCACCACAAACAGCAGCUGGACUUUAAGAAACUCAAGCUCUUGUCCUAUGAGCCAGCGACUGAACGCAUGUUCAAACAGGAGAGCUGGAUCAUUCUACAACAGAGACCAAAGCUUCUUAAAUUUAGCAUCAACCUGCCCUUCCCACUGGGGGAGCACAGAGAGCUGCCAGUCUUACUCAGGUGCCCAACAGCGUUGUGCCGAGAACUAUGCGACGGACCAUCUGAAACUGCAGAGGCCGUUCGUAUCCUCGGAGCCUCUCUAUGAUGCACCCUUUCCCUUGGAGAUGCCUAUCAAAACCGAACAUGAUUCUGAUUCUGAAAAUAUUGCUGAUAACUACCUGACGUCGCAAAACCGAGCCUGGCUGGAUGAGAACGGCUCAGUGAGAAAGCCGGGGUUUAGCUACCCCAAUAGAGUGAACCUCAAAACAGAACCAGACCUCUGUGAGCCAGCCUCACUUUGUCAGAAACCACGGCACUGCCUUUACACGCCACAUAACUGGCAAUGCAUCGUGGCGAAUCAUCCCAACAACCUAAACCUGAACAGAUCUUGCAAGGGUUCACGUAGCAAGGAGGUGGCCCCGUUUUGCCCUCAGAACUCCUCCGGGUGUUUGGAAAGCUUGCCUGACCUGCCGCACACGACGUGCUACAGCCACUUCUACAGCCCCAGUCCGGGGGAGGAGAAAGAGCAGAAUAAUGAGGUUUUUAAAAUGCCCUGGGAAUUUAAAAACCCCUGCUUGGUUCAAGCAAUCAAGCGUGAGCCCCUGGAUUCUCCACCGUUGUCCAACAGUGGACAGAACAGAGUACACGUGAGCUUCCCCGAAAAUACAUUUGCAGGUCCUGUGCCUCAUAAAACCACUGAAUGUACAUUUUUACAAUAGAUUUUAUAACAUUUGGAAUAUUUAUAAUGUUAAAAGUAAGAAGUUGUAGAUUCUCAUCCGGUUGGGUUAAAUGAGUUUCUAAAAUUAAAAGCCAGUGGAAAGAAUUUGAGUGUGUGUGUGUGUGUGCCCAUCUGUGUGUGAGAAAAACCAGACACAGACACACACACACUUCAUCCCCCCACCCCCUGCCCUUCUCAUAGUGAUAUUUGAAGAGAAAGGAAGAUAAAACCUCAGGCACAGAAAAAUAAUCCUUACUGACUGCACAGGUAUACCUGCUCAUUUGUCUUCAUAAUCUUUCCUUUCUUGUCUACAGUUCAUUAUGAAGGUCUAGCUAUUUCUGUUUCCUGCCUUUGUCCUGUUUGCUUUUCUCAAGCUGAUGCGAUGCCUCUGUGCAAAGAGAAAAUGUUUAUGGUCUCCAGUGUGCCCAGUUUACCUUAGGAGUUUUUGUUCCUUCCCCCCCCCCCCUUUUUUUUUUCCCUACUCUGAGAAGAUGCAUCAGCUAUUCCUUUAUCUCAACAGAAAUUAAUGCCAACAGGCAAGGGCUUCCCAAUACAAUAUGUCACUUCAAACUGAAGUUCUUCCCAAGUUUUCUUGAUAAUACUAAUGUUUUAGUGCCCAUAUUUGUCGAUUUUAAAGCCAUCAGCCUUUCAUGUUGCUGUUUGAAAGACUGAACAACGGGAUGUUAUCCACUUCUAUAAAUGAGUUACAAAGUGCUGCUAAAUGUACAUAUGAAAAUGUUUCUCCAAUUAUUUUCCUUGCUGUUACUUGUAACAUUAACAAAAGAAAUGCACUUUUUUAUUUGAUAGUAUCUCUGACUGAUAGCAGCUUAUUAGACAUUGCCACCUUAUAUCAAAACCAAAUCCCACACUAAGAUGAGAUACGUUAUUUUCGAAAGCACCCUGCUUCCAUUCCCAAAAGAAAAUCUUAAUCUCACCCAGAGCUAAUUGCAGGAUGUGCACCUUUCAAAAGCACUUCGGUGCUUUUGAAAACAGAUCCAUACACUUUCCUUUGAACCCAGGCAGUGAUGUAUUAAAAAAAAAAAAGAAAAAAGAAAUCAAGAAAUCUACAACUUCUGUUUGAUUUUUGUUGUUGUUGUAGUUUGACUCCUGCACUAACUUUCAUUUAAAAAAUUGCACUAUUUCCACUUUAUAUCAACUUCACCUACGUAAAAACCACAUCAUUAAAAAAAAAGCUUAGAUGUACAUGUGCUUUUUGAAAGAAGCCCUAUAAUGAACGUUUACUUUUUCAAAAUGUUAUAAAAAAUCAUAAUGUCUUCUUUCCUAUAUCUACUAGUCACUAUGGGAAUGGCUUUACAUGCCAGAAAAGUGGCAUAUAAUUCUCCCAAAUGCUAUAAAUAUGUGGGAUAAAUGUAGUUUUCAGGUAGAGGAAUGGUUCUGCACCUGGGAGCUUGUUCUUCUCCAAGACUGCCUCUCUUUUGAUAGAAAUUACUGCCUGUAGGUUAGAGUUGGCAGAUGCAAAGAUAUACAUUCUCUGCAUGUCAUUUAAGCACGUGUGAACAAUGGUUUGAUCUGAAAGGCUGCACUUUUCACUGAAAUGGUUUAGAUAAUGUACCUUUUGAUGACUGUCCUGCUGAAGGCAGUGUUCCCGGCAGGAAGAGUGGACAGUAAAGAAGUGCAAUAAUGUCUUACCAUAGCUCAAGUUAAAUCUGCCAUAGUCCAGCUGACCAUACCCAAGCCAUGAGAACUUCUCUCUUUUUGUGUCUGAGGCACAUCAGCUCUCUGUCAGAUAUGUGCUGCCUCUUAUUUGAGACAGUCUGAUAUCCUUGCCUUGAUACUCUUGCAAUGCAACAUCAGACCCCUUUCAGAGAUGAGAUCAUAAUUUACACCGCUCUCUGAUACACCACUGUUCAUGUCACAUAACUUUAAUCCAAAUCACAAAAAUACUUCCAGGCAAGCAAACUGUGUACUCACAUAGAGUGAGACCGUCAAAUAUCAGGGGUGCUGCACAACUCUGCCUUGCUGAUCCAGCGGUUUCUUUUAGACUCUCUCAGAGCAGCUCUCUGAGGCCGUAGCUUGGCGUUCAGUGGUGGCACAGCUUAUGUCCCAGUUCCAAACAUACGGCCAGGGCCGUCCAGCCACUGCAAGGGUCAUGCUGUGAACCGCGCCAUGUUCUCAAGUCUGAGUCCUUGUGCAGCUGCCUGGUAGAAAUAGGACAGUGUGGGGACAGGGUAGGGUGGGACUAGAUGGCUGGGGCAAGUGGAGGACACACCAGCAUCACUGCUGACAAGAUGCUUGUUUAAUUCCGCGCUUGGACUCACUGCCACAGCCCUCUGAAUGAGAGCACCUGGGUCUAGUUUCACACUACUUGGCACCUUCUCUCAUCAUUUACAUUGCUCUAACACGACUGUAAAACACUAUGAUAUACCCGUCUGGGCAUGCUGGUGCCAUGUUACACAGGUGUAAGUGGUCACACCAGGUACAAUUCUGUAGAGCAGGGCUGUCAAACUCAUUUUCAACGGGUGCCACAUCAGCCUCACGGUUGCUUUCAAAGGGCCGAAUGUCAUUUUAGGACUGUAAGAGUAGUUGUAUUUAUACAGUCCUAAAGUGACAUUUGGCCCUUCGAAGGCAACUGUGAGGCUGAUGUGGCCCCUGGUGAAAACGAGUUUGACACCCCUGCUGUAGAGGGCUGUGUCAGUGAAUGCUUUGUCUGGGCUUAGAAAUAUUUCCUGGCAUGACUACAGUGGGACAACUGUACCAGCCAGAUUUCUCUCUUCAGUGAGGGAGUAACUUAUACUAACAACAGAAGUUCUCUAUAGAUUUCUCUGUUACUGAAUAAAGGCUGUUUUGUUGACAUAACUCUAUCUACUCUAAGGCUUUCCUGGUUUAUUUCAAUUGAGAUGACUUUUCCCAUGUUUCCAACAAACCCGGUCACAUUUUACACAUCUUAAUUGACAUUAUAGAGGUAGAUUAAGUUUCUACAUGUAAGAGAACCUAAUCUAAGACACGUAAUGGCUUUCUUCUAGGCAGAUGGAUGAAUGUGUGACUCAAAAGUGAGAUGUCACCUUCUGACUCCCCACUGAGUUAAUGCAGUCACCUUUACUUCCUUAUCGUACCAUACAGCCUGAACCCAAGAAAAACACACUUAUCCUGCACAUCACAUUUGAAUUUGGUCCACUUAAUUUGUGGCAGAGUCGUUACUCCAUUAAAAAUGUGUUAUCAGUAGAAUUCCUUCCAGUCUAAGUUAUGACACACAUGCAGCAAUCUCCUAAAAACUGUGCCUAUAUAGAGAAUGGCAGCUUAUCCUAUUCUUGGACAAUCACUAACCACUGUUGACAGUAAAUAAAGACCAGUUCCUUCUAAGUUCUUGGUAUAUCACACCAUUUGGAAAGAACAGAGGACACGAGUACUAAAAAAAGGAACCUCUUGCUAUCUGCUUUUAAGGCACAGAUAUUCCUUCAUCCUUUCCACACCACAUACGCACUGGAUUGAGUCUGGACUGAAAUCUGACAUUGCAUUGUGCCCUGUUAAAUUGCCACUGAUUCAGUCUUAUAAAACCUUUUUGUAUGCAGACAUUCACAAUCCCUUGACACUGAUCAGUAAAUAGCAUGAAAGACAGAGCAGUUGCUUUAAGUGGUUACAUUUUCUUAGCAGUUGUUGUUGCUUUGGUAUUAUUUUAAAAACUAGCACUGAGAAGCAGGGUUUAAGUUGUUUUCAAUCACUGGUGUUUAGCUUUGUCCUUAAUGAGCUGGUAUUUGCAUCCCUCCAGCACAGCCCUAAGGUCUGUUUUAGGAGCCUCCCAAUGCAUCUAUUGUAACAACAACAACAAAAUUCUUCUCGUAGAAGAAAUGCCUAGUGAAACGCUUGCCUGAUAUGAACUUGGAGCAUUCAGGCUGGAAGAAAUGCCUUUCUUUUUCCAGUGUGUGCCUCCAACACCUGACUGAUGAUAGCAUUCAAACUUCUUCAGCCAUAAACUCUCCAGAGGCUGAGACAGAACGAACUCAUGAAUUCUGGCAUUUGGGGAGCGUAUUUUUGGGGAUGGAAGGUGAGCAGUUCUAAAAGCUCUGAGAAUGUAUCUCCCUCUGAACUGUUACUCGGUGCACAGACAGCACAGGCUGUUACCAAUGCUGAAGCUGCUGAUUAAGGUCUUGUCUUUGCUGAGAAUGUGGCCUGAUUUUAGCUCUCAGCAAACAGCUGCUGAGCACCAUGCAAAUGGUAGUCCUACUGAAAUACACCAUUGUAAGCCAUUAUUUUUACUGAAAACCAACUUGAUUUGAGUGGAGGGUAAGCUUGUGCAGCAAAAAUUUUCAUGCUGCUUCUAAGGUCUGCUGGGAUGCAGUUACACCACUGGCUGGAACUGGGGCAGAACCCCACUGUAGAUAACACUAUCAAUAAUUUAUACUCACUUUAGACCCUUUGGAUACCAAAGCGGAGCUUUGUUUUGAAAAUCUGAAGUGAGGGCAGCAGCAUGCAAGGGCUAAGCUGUUUUCAGUUCCUCCUCAGUUCAGAGACUUAGUGGAAGGAAAGAUCAAGGGACUGCACCUAAAUCCUCUGUAGGAAAGACUGACUUCCCACUCCUUGAUUGUAACAAGGUAAUGUGAAGUAUAUCUCUAUGCUUUAAUCAUCCUUCAUUAGAACACAGUGAUGCAGUCUUAAAAUCCUUAGAACUGAGUCUCUUCCGGAUGGCACAGGGAGGCCUGCCAGGUCAGGCCUGGUCAGUAAGACUUUAAGUGCUGAUCCUUUGAUACAGUAUUGGGAUUGACAGGGCAUGUGCAAUUCUUCUGGAAAUCGCUAACGCUUAAAAUACUUAAGUGGGAGGCAACAAGCCUGAGGCAGGGAAUAUCCUGUGGGAUAAGAUCAGCUUCUGCUGCCUAGAAGCCUUUCUUAACUCCUUGUGUUGAAGCCAUAUUGGAACUUAAGUAGGACAGCCUCACCCACUGUAGUUAUUUUGGAAAAGCUAUUGUCUUAACAAUGUGUGAUGUUGUAAUUGAAGUAGUCAAAAAGACACGAUUUCCCCUACUUAUAGGUAUAUACAUUGCCUUAGGUAGUGGGGCAGAAGUUUACAUACUCAUUUUCUUUCAUCAGUAUCACAUAACUAAAAACCCCAUCAUCAGAAUGAUGGAGGAAUGGAGCUGUUGUUCUGUUUUUCUCGUCUUCCUGCUCUCUUCCUCUUUUUCUCUCCACUGUCUUAGUGUAAACAUUAGAAACGGAAAAACUUUUCUGAUUAUGUUAAGACAAAAACCCUAAACCAGAUUGUAGAAAACUUCUCACUAGAAAAGGAACUUCUUUCCCUGGAGCUUCUUCCUCUUUUAAAUCUUGCAAAGUCCUGUGUGAAAUCGUGUGUCGCAGCUGAAGCAGACUUCUGUAAUACGUGGUGAGCAAAGAGAUUCUGCAGGUGGCCACACUCAGGUUGUAGUGACAAGGUUUUUGUCUCACUGACUCCUAUAAGAGGGCUGCUGGUAGCUUAUAUUCAUAGAGACUGCCACCCUGGCAAACACAUCUUUGUCAUGUUUGAAUACACGUGGCAUAUGUUCUUGUUAUUAUAAUUACAUUUCCCUAUCAUACUGUCAGAAAUGCUUCUGAACAAAAUUGGCACUGACAGGCUGAAGACUAUACCAAAAUCACAAAGAUUUUGUUUGUUUGUUUGUUUUCUUCCCUAAGUAUGGAGAUCCAAGCACUUGCCUGUGCUUAGGCAAAGACUUUCUUUUGGUGGAGGUUUGGAGAGAAAGUAAAAAAAGAGAUUGUUAAAACAAAUUUCGGGGAGGAAAAAGAUCACCCACUGCUACUGUGUCCUGAAAUCAUGUCCUUAUAUAUUCCAUAGAACUGAAUUUGUAAAUUUUGAGGCUGAAAAUAAUUUCUUGAAAACAAGGUUUGAGGUACUUCAGUACGAAGCUGUAUUUAUCAAUCAGACAGAAAACAUCAUUCUAGGAGGCACUAAGUGCUCCUGCUCCUUUCCUGGGGUUACCCUUUGAAACUCCGGCAAAUUUAGUGCCUGCAUUAACUCUCUUGCUGCUGGUCAUUGUAGCUCUGUUGUCCAGCCUGAAGUUUCUCAGGAUUUCUUUGAUGCAGCAGGACUCCAGUGACAGCUGUACAGCAGCCAAAACUUCCAUUUUCUUCACACUUGCAUUGGUAGAAUUAUGGCAUUCCAACACCUAAUACAAAAAUGUGGCAGAAGGCAAUGGAAAGAACAUCAGCUGCUUAGUCAGUCACACUAAUAGUAUUUAACUAAUUAAAAGGCUAAGUUAAAAAAAAAUCAGGUGAGGGUCUGGUCUAGAGCUCCCCAUUCUGCACAGGAGGUUGUCAGGAAUUACACUGCUGUUCUGCCUCUUUUUAGGUCACACCUUGAUCUCUCUCUUCUUCAUCCCACUACUCUCCCUUCUGAACCUCUUCUUUUUUUUUUUUCCUAACUUUUGGAGCCUGUGUGUGUCUUCCCUUUGUUCAUUUAAAGUGUGAGAUAAGGAGAGGCAACUAUCAACUGUUGUGUGGUUUUUUAAAAAAAUUGUCUUUCUAAGAAAGAACUUAAAAAAUGCAAAAAGUUAUCUCAGUUCUCAGGAACAAUAUUCAGUUUUUCCUCGACACGGUCAAUAAACUUCCCUCUUCUGAAAUGGUCCUUCCUCACACCCCUUCCCUCUAGACAGCUUCUUAAGAAAACCAAAGAACACUCUCUUCCUUAAAAUCAGUUGUAUCCAUCAAAAAAAAAACAAACCAACCAACUUUUGCUUUUUCUUCUUCCGGCUUUUCUACCUUCUUGAUUUUAUAGUAUGAUACAUUAUGGCCUCCACUCUUUCUGUUUUCUGUAUCUGUAGCUUUAUUUCAAGCUCAGGCAUACUUCAAAAGUUUUGCCAAAACAACAUUAGGCAGAAGUGCAAUCCCCUAUUUGCUCCCUGCUCUCCUUAGGAAGACAAAGGUACUCAUUAGUCACAGCCGUACUCCUAAAACAGGAAAAAGUCUAACUACCUGAAGGGAAGUUAUAGCCAGGUGGGGGUUGGUCUCUUCUCCCAGGCAGUUAGCAACAGGACAAGGGGGCAUGGGCUUAAACUCUACCAGGGGAAAUUUAGGCUGGAUAUUAGAAAGAAAUUCUUUACAGAGAGAGUGGUCAGGCAUUGGAAUGGCCUGCCCAGGGAGGUAGAGGACUCGCCGUCCCUGGAGGUUUUUAAACUGAGAUUGGACAUGGCACUUAGAGCCAUGAUCUAGUAAACGGACUAGAGUUGGACCAAGGGUUGGACUCGAUGAUCUCUGAGGUCUUUUCCAACCCAGUCGAUUCUGUGAUUCUGUGAUUCUGUCACUUUGCUGGUGAAAUGUCCUCUCUUAAGGAGGCUGCACUGACAAGAAACUUGGAGCUACCACCAACAGUUCGGUUCUGCAAGUGUAGAUACCGCCAAAUCCUUUUGUGUUUAGACCCAGUCUCUCUUUUAAAAAAAUCAAGGAACCCUUUUUCUCCUUUGUUGCUUCUCUCAUUUUUUUUCUACACAUUUUUAUUCUUUCAUUGUGCAAUUGCACUUUUAAAUAUAUAUAUUAUGUUUUCUCAGGAGGGUAUGGAAGAAUUAAACAACAUGUACAAUGCAGUGUUUUCAUUAAGUCCAUUUUAGAUUUAGAAACACAAAUAAUUAUAAAGUAUUUUAAUGUGACUCCAUAAUUCAUCUUGAAAAGGGGUAUAAAUUGCCGUCAAACUCCACUUACAAUCCUGUAUUAUUUCCUCCUUCUCCUAAGGAAAUACAGUGGAGAAAAAGAUGUCCCUGCUCAUUGCAGGGAUUUGGACUAGAUACUCUUUCAAGGUCCCUUUGAAGCCAAACGAUUCUAUGAUUAAAAAAAAAGGUGCAUAGAGGUUCAUCAACAGUUUUGGCCUAACUGGUAUCAUAUGACACUCAAAUUUAAAGGCACAUUUCUGGAGAGAACGCCACAAACACCUGAGCAUUAGCUGGAAAGGUGCAGAUUUGUGUGCACAAGGUCUGCAUGUAGCCAUGCGACCGGGACACACACACUGGCUGCCGGGACAGCCGAAGCAUUAAGGCCCGCACAGCCCCAGCCCUGACGCACGUCGACCCCGCUGCUCCCGCAAAGGCAGAAACAGUCAAUAGGAAAAUACCUGUGGCAACGCGUAACCCAACCAGUAUCCACCAUAUGGCUUCGUGUAUGAGUGUAGCGGAUGCCACGAUGUAGCACUAGCAGGUUCAUUAAAAACAGGCAGUAAAAACUGGGUUUGAUAUUUUGGAAUUUUGCUAAAACCGGUGCACUUUUCUGUUUGUGUUUAUUUUUUAUUUUGUACUGUUUUCUCAGUCUGCUUUUAGAAGGAACUCUCAAGUGUAUUUCUUAAAUUAUAUUUUACAUUUAUUACCAGUUGGAAGUGUAAAGUUAAGACAUUUUAAAAUAAAUAUUUGCAUUUAAAUUAAAACCCUGGCGGAGUGUGUUUCCUGCCCCUUUCCUCAGGGCUGGAGGUUGCAAGCCCCAGGCCUGAGCUGUGGGCCCUGGACUGGGAACUGGGGCUGUUUAUCCUGGAGAAAAGGAGGCUGAGGGGAGACCUGAUCGCUGUCUGCAACUACCUGAAAGGAGGUUGUAGCAUGGAGGAGGUUGGUCUCUUCUCCCAAGUAGUGAGUGAUUAGGACAAGAGAAAAUGGUCUCAAAUUGCACCAAGGGAGGUUUACUUUGGAUAUGAGGAAAAAAUUAUUCACAGAAGGGUUGUCAGGCAUUGGAACAGGCUGCCCAGGGAAGUGGUGCAGCCACCAUCCCUGGAGGGGUUUAAAAGGCAUUUGGAUGAGGUUCUCAGGGACAUGGUUUAGUGCUACAGUUAGUUUAUGGUUGGACUCUAUGAUCUUCAGGGUCUCUUCCAACCGACAUAACGCUGUGCCUCCACGACUCCCCGCGGCACGCCGGCGGUGCGACACUCCCGCUCUUUCCCGCUAUUUCGCUUGCGCUGGCUUCGCCCGCCCCGCCAGGAGGCGCCAGGACGCCGCCGGGAAGGGCGGGGCUGCCUCUCCGGGUGGGCGGGCUCAGGCUUCCCAUUGGU